UUUGCUGGGACCCCACGCCAUGGUAUACAUUGGCCGUGCAAAAGUGUUUUAGUGAAUUUCACGGCGUCCAAUAUGAUGAUACGCAGAAUGCGUCUCGCCUCUGCCUGGACGGGAUGUGGCAUAACUACUCGGACUAUGUCAACUGUACGGAACGCAUCGCCAACGUAUCCCCCACAGAUGUCGCUAGCCUCAUCUACCUCGCCGGCUACUCCCUCAGCUUAGCCGUACUAUCGCUUGCCGUCUUUGUAUUUCUCUAUUUUAAGGAUUUAAGAUGUCUUAGAAAUACUAUACAUACAAAUCUUAUGUCUACAUAUAUAUUAUCAGCGUGCAGUUGGAUGUUAAAUUUAGCUUUACAGAAUUGGUCGGAUGAAGCUCAACAAGAUCAAACCUCGUGUAUGAUACUAGUUAUUUGCAUGCAUUAUUUCUACCUCACUAAUUUCUUCUGGAUGCUUGUAGAAGGACUGUACCUAUACAUGUUAGUUGUUGAAACAUUUACAGCUGAAAAUAUCAAACUUAAAGUUUACACUACUAUAGGUUGGGGUGCACCCGCGAUAUUCAUCAUAAUAUGGGUUAUUUCACGGUGCUUCGUAACUGUGGUCCCUUCCACCGGUCCUGACGAGUUAACUAUCGCCAGCGAUACAAAAAUGUGUCUUUGGAUCCACGAACACCAAGUCGACUGGAUUCACAAAGCACCAGCUUUAAUUGGCUUGGCGUUAAACCUGUUCUUUCUUAUAAGGAUCAUGUGGGUUUUAAUAACAAAAUUGCGAUCGGCGAAUACAUUGGAAACGGAGCAAUACAGGAAGGCGACCAAAGCUCUGUUGGUCCUGAUCCCACUACUGGGCAUCACUAACUUGCUUGUGUUGUGCGGACCUAAUGAUGACUCCUGGUUCGCGCAUGCAUUUGACUACACUCGAGCACUGAUGCUAUCAACUCAGGGUUUUACGGUAGCUCUAUUCUACUGCUUCAUGAACACGGAGGUGCGGCAUGCGAUCAGAUACCACGUGGAACGGUGGAAGACUGGCCGUACCAUCGGCGGCGGCAGGCGGCGAGGCGCCUCUUAUUCUAAAGACUGGUCACCACGCUCCAGAACAGAGAGUAUAAGGUUGUACAGCCAUCCUUCGAAGAGGGAGUCUGCAGCGUCAGAGACAACAACAACGACUCUACUGGUACCUAGGACGUCAUUAGCACCGCACAUCGACGGCAGACAUCUGCACGCUUGUUAGGUUUGCCUUCAGGAGUACAUAACAAGCGGGAGCGCGAGCGGCGACCAGUCACCGGUGUGAGGUGCGGGGCGGGGGAGGCUGCACCGCCUGCGCACAUUGCCCGAGGAGGAUGACCCCCUCGGCCCACCAUCUACCGCCUCCCCUGCAGCCCUCACAUCCCCCACAAUCUCCUCCAACAACCGACCCACAGACUUAAACUUUACAACGCUAGAUAUGUUUAAUACUUUAAAUUAAUCGCCGAUGCGAUGUGGUGUAAGUAUUUGCGCAUGCGCACUUUCUAAGCCGCCAUCUUUUGUUUCCACUAACCAAAUAACUGAUACAGAUUGUAUAGUUUACAGUACCAGUAACAGUCGUGAAAUAUGACAACAUAUUAUUAUAUGUUUCGGCAGUGAAAGCCGGCUCUUAUUCAACUGUAAUUCAUCAGUAAUUGGAACUAGGUACUAAUGCGAUUCAGGAACAAAGGUUAAUCUAUGUUAUUUUAUACGAAUAUUAUUAUGUCAUGACUAAGUAUGUUUAAGAUAUUGUAAGUAGCGAUAUGAAUUACAAAACGAAAUGCAUUUAAGCGUAAGAUAUUAUACUUUGAAGAUGUUUGUAUAUACGCAAUUGAUUAAUUCAACUUUAAUUAUUUCCUGCAUGUAACUCAAUAAAUUGAAAAUAUAUUCAAACUGCAGUUACUAAAAUCUUAUUAGAUUGCAAAUAAACCGUCUGUAUAGUGGCCUUUCUAGUUCCUUGAAUCUUCUUAAAUAUUGCUAUAAUUUGAACAUGUCUAGACCAUAUAAACAGUGAAACCCUACGUGAUGAUGGUGGGAUAAAAUUGAAAGCUCACAUAGAAAUAUAUCAUCAGAGGGUUCACCGAAAGAAAAUUUUAAACAGCGUCUAUGACAAAGAAAAGUUUGUGAAUCUCUGAUCUAAAACCACUUUCUUAAAGUUGAUUCUACAACUAGACAUAGACGUGCGUAAACUCAAAACCGGAUCAAUCGUUCAGAUCACAUAGACUUGAACCAUUGAGCUAGAACUCAACAACUAAAUUGACAGCUCACGGUUCAUCUGGAUGUUGUAAUUUUUUGAGACGAAAAGACGCGAGUUGCCUGAUGACUCGCAGUUCGGGGCUCGAAAUGCAAAUCAUAUCUCUAUACAGGUACAUUUGUACUGAGAUGCGAGCUGAUUCACUGCUUCACACAUGUAAACCAUGAACUGAUCUACAAGUCAUCAAUUUUAUUUGAGUUACCCAUGACUAACUAGACAAAUAAGUUCCCUCAGCCUCGGUAUACAUUGAAUCAUUCUAGCUUCCGAAAAUGUGAAUUGAAUGUACAAUUUUUUCAUAAAAGACUUUUAUAUAAACAUAUAUGAUAAAUAAGGUUUUUACAUAUUAAAUGGCUUGUUGCAUUUGUAAAUAUUAUUUGUUAGUACAGUCGCGAGAGUAAAUUAAGUGAUAUUUGUUAAAAAAAUGUAGUUGUAAUUUGAUGAAUAUUUAUCGUAUUGCUUAAAUUAUUUUAUAUGCUUUUUACUUCUAUAACAGUUUAAUACACAUAGUAUAGUUAACCUUUAGGUCUUUCAAAAGCUUUAUUACAUCUAUUCAAGAACUCUUAUUGUGAUUUUUAAUUUAUAUUUCUUAUUUGAUUCUCUUCUUUUCUUUUGCAAUUAACUAUUGUAAAUACAAAGUUACAUAUUAACGGGUGUAAAAUGUAUACUAUUCGUACACAAUAACAUGACAUUUAAGUCCGAUGACGUCAAAGCUGUACGAAAAACGUACAGUUAAGAACGUUCAUUUGUUACCUAUUUAGGUGAAUUGUCACUUAACUUCCUUCGAAUUUUAAUAGAAUAUUC